GAAGAAGGGGGGAAACAGAGGAUGUGCAUGCAUAUGACGUUCUUGAUUGCCGUAUUAUUUGAGUAUUGCACGUCUGUUCUGUUAUCACCAGGUUUUUCACCAGAAAUUCUCUGAAAAGGAAUACACGGAGAAUGACUGAGAACGGCUGUGAAUACCGUGACAGGGUGCUGACGAUGGACACGAUGAACCCGAACGUUAAACGCGUGGAAUACGCUGUACGGGGUCCCAUAGUCCAGAGGGCAGUUCAGAUCGAAAGAGAACUCAAGAUGGUGAGUGCCAGUUCAUCUACUAAUAAAAUCAUUCAAAUAUUAUUGGUAGGCCAGGACCAUGGGGCAGUGGCAGAUCUGGGCAGUGGGGCCAAGGUGGACCUGGGACGUGGAGCAGAGGCAGACCGUGGAGCAGUGGUGAACCUGGAAAGUGAAGCAAGGGCAGGUCUAGACCAUGGAGCAGAGGUGGGCCUGGAAAGUGAAGCACUGGAGGAUCUGGACCAAGGAGCAGUGGUGGACCUAGACCGUGGAGCAGUGGAUGACCUGGACUAUGGAGCAGUGGUGGACCUAGACCGUGGAGCAGUGGAGAACCUGGACCAUGGAGCAGUGGCAGACCAUGGAGCAGUGGUAGACCGUGGAGCAGUGGAGGACCUGGGCCAUGGAGCAGUGGCACAGCAGGUGGAGCAGGGAGUCCACGCAGAGCAGAAGACCACCAAUUGUGAGUUCAUGGAUGGCCUCCUUGGCCGUGACAGGUCAGGCAAUGAGCUCAGAUAUGGCCUCCAUGGCCAUUACCGGACAGACAGAGAGUUCAUGGACAGCUUCCUUGGUCGUGACAAGGCAGACAGAGAGUUCAGAAAUUGUGAGUUCAUGGAUGGCCUCCUUGAUGGUGACAGGACAGGCAAUGAGCUCAGAUAUGGCCUCCGUGGAGCAGUGGAGGACCUGGACCAUGGAGCAGGGGCAGACCAUGGAGCAGUGGUAGACUGUGGAGCAGUGGAGGACUUGAGUGCUUACAGUACUAGCCAGGGAAUUGAAAUGAUUCGUCAGGACAUUGCACGGUACAUUGAACAGCGAGAUGGAGGAAUCACAUGUGACCCUGACAACAUUUACUUAUCCACAGGAGCCAGUGAUGCGAUCGUGACCAUGCUUAAAUUGCUGGUAUCAGGAGAAGGAAUGUCUCGUACAGGAGUGAUGAUUUCCAUCCCUCAGUAUCCACUGUACUCCGCUGCUCUGGCUGAUUUGGGUGCUGUACAAAUCAGUUAUUAUCUGGAUGAAGACAACUGCUGGAGUUUGGACAUCUGUGAGUUACGACGCGCCCUGCAGGAAGCAAAGAAGCACUGCAGCCCUCGAGCACUGUGCAUUAUAAAUCCUGGAAACCCUACAGGUCAAGUGCAAAGCCGGCAGUGCAUUGAGGAUGUGAUCCGAUUUGCUGCAGCAGAAAAGCUUUUCCUCAUGGCUGAUGAGGUCUAUCAAGACAAUGUUUACGCGGACGGGUGUAAAUUUCACUCCUUUAAGAGGGUUCUGUUUGAAAUGGGUCUGGAAUACUCUGAGAAAGUGGAACUAGCUUCGUUUCACUCAACGUCAAAAUGCUACAUGGGAGAGUGUGGUUUUCGUGGUGGUUAUAUGGAGGUGGUAAAUCUAGACCCUGAGGUGAAAGUUCAACUCACUAAGCUGGUAUCUGUGCGGCUGUGUCCUCCAGUGCCUGGGCAGGCUCUUCUAGAUGUUGUGGUCAAUCCACCCCAACCAGAUGAACCCUCAUAUGACACAUUCAUUAAGGAACGCACAGACACUUUGGCCACACUGGCAGAGAAGGCCAGCAUGACGCAAGAAAUCUUGAAUCAGGUCCCAGGAAUAAAAUGUAACCCAGUGCAGGGUGCAAUGUACACUUUCCCACGUAUCCACCUCCCACCGAAAGCCAUCCUGGAGGCCAAGGAGAAGGGACAAGUUCCGGAUAUGUUUUACUGUAUGAAGCUUCUGGAAGAAACGGGCAUCUGUUUGGUUCCUGGCAGUGGCUUUGGGCAGCGAGAUGGCACCUACCAUUUCAGGUAUUUCUCUCUUUUUACAAACAAGAAUGAUGAGAUUAGCCUUGGAUAUGUUUGUGACAAAGGUUCGGGUGUCCUAGUCCAGAAGGAGCUGAUGGGAAAUUAA